AUGGAUUAUGUGGUGGGCAGUGUUGCGGCUUUAGUGUCUGGAAAUGUAACUCCAAACCGUCCGAAAUUUUCGAAGAAAGCCUUGACGCCAAUAAAACAUCAACCUUCCCCGAAUGUAACUCCUAAAAGUGAACUAGUCGAUGACCGGUCAAUUUUCCUCUCACCGACGUUGCAGAAAAAGAAAGCUAUUGUAAAAAAAUCACCUAAAAGAAUAUUUCAAAACCCUGACUUAGACGCUACUAACGACGGUGAAGAUAAUCCUAAAAGUCCAAAAGCAGACAAAGUUAAGAAACACCUCAAAGAAGAAUUAGAAGCAGAUGUCAAUUUAUUGAGCCCGAAAUCACCCAAGAUUAAAAACUCAAAAGCAAAGGAGUUGCCGUUACGAACAAAUUUAGGUAAGGAGAAUGAGGAAGGAGCAGUUUUGGAAAAUUCUCAAGUUCAGAAUGAAAACACACCUAAAAAAAAGAAGAAGAAGCAAACCUCAGUAUCGGAGGAAACUACUGAGGCGAACAUAGAUGUAAGUAAUGACCAAGUUAAUGAUCUUAAUGGGAAAAAUGAUUCCCAAGUGGUAAAUGUUCCUCUAAGCAGUAAAAAGAAAAAUACCAAGAAUAAUCUUUCUCCUAAAAAAAUUCUAAAUCAACUGGAUCAAUCUAGUGAUAGUACAAAGAAUGAAAAACAGUCCUCAUUGAGUUUGAAUAAGAAAAAUAAACUAGAAGUCACACAAGAAGAUACUUCUAAAGCAGAAAUGGAAGAUAAUCAAGAUUCAAACAUGAAUAUAAGUAAGCCCAAAGGAAAAAAUAAAAAACAAAAAUCACAAUGUGUAUUAAAUAAUAUCAAUAACAGUGAUAAUAUAGAAAAUGAAUAUACAAAUGAUGAUUUAGAAGUUAAGCAAGCAAAAAAGAAAAACAGGAAACGCAAAAAUAAAAAUGAAGGUAAUAAAAUGGAAAGUGAAGAAACAAAAGAAGAUCAAGGAAAUGAAGAAAGAGAAGUUGAUAGUAAUGUGAAUGUUUCAAAGAAAAAGAAAAAGAAGAGUAGCACAUUUGUCAAUCCAAAUGCAAUAACAGAUAAGGACACAGAUUCAGAACAUGAUUCGGACAAUGAAAUUGAAUCAGAAAACGAACAGACAAACAAAGAAGCUCUUGAUACAGGCCCAGUGGAGGAAAGUUCAGAUGAAGAAGAGAAAGUCCCAAAGAAACAAGAAAAAUUACAAAAGAACAAAGAGGUGACUGUAAAUACGGAAGAAGAAGUCAAAAGAACCCUUUUUGUAGGCAAUGUGCCUUUUAGUGCUAAAUGCAAGAAAGAAAUCAAAAAAAUUUUUAGCAAAUAUGGGCAGAUAGAAACUGUAAGGAUUCGCACAGUUCCCGUGAAGGAUGGUCGUGUGACUCCCAAACUUGCAGUAAUCAAAAAUGAACUCCAUCCAGACCGAUCUACAGUCAAUGUUUAUGUCAAAUUCCGUGAUGAGUCUUCAGUAAAUGAGGCUUUGGCAGAAAAUGGGACAGUACUAAAUGAUCACCACCUAAGGGUGACCCGCAGUGAUUGCACUGGCUCCGAACAUGACCCUAAAUGUUCCGUUUUCGUUGGCAAUAUACCCUUCGCGUUGGAAGAUGAAGCUUUACAGCAGACGUUUCAGCAGUGCGGAGAGAUUGUCUCCGUGAGAAUUAUAAGAGACAGAAAGACUAAUGCUGGAAAAGGUUUCGGUUAUGUCAACUUUAAAUCAAAAGAUGCAGUAGAGCUAGCUUUGGCUCUAUCAGAGGAGGAUCUUACAAUAAAGAAUAGAAUACUUCGAGUGAAACGAUGCACUCAGAUCACACACAAACAAAAGCCUCAGCAGGAUAAUCGCAGAGGAAAUCUGCACGGGAAUUAUAAUAGGGGAAAUGUACAGAGCAGAAAUCAGUUUGGGAAUAGAGGUGACAAUAGAAAUGUGGGAAGGCCAAACAAUAAUGACAGUAAGGCUGACGGCGCUUAUAGGAGGUUAAUGAAUAAGAGAAAAAAUCAGGAUGGAGGGGAGGGUCCACCGAAUAAGAUGCAGAGAAGUAUCAACCAACCGGGUAAAAAGACGAGAAAAGAAUUCGUGGGAAUGACAGCCGAAAAAAAGAAGAAACACAAGUUAAACAAGGGACAAAAGAAGAAGAAGGCGCUGAGUGAAAUCUUGACUAAAUUGUAA